AUGGGCCAGACACAGAGUGAGGAGGAGGAGGAGGAGGUGGAAAUGAGGCAGAUCCAGACUCUCUAUACUGCCUUCAUGAGGAAGUGCCCUAGCGGAGCCCUCCACCUCCACGAGUUCAGGAACCUGUUUGGAGUCCAAAGCGCCUCUGAAGAGGAGAGUGUAUACAUGGAGACCAUUUUUAAGUCCUUUGAUACUAAUAAGGACAACAUUAUAGAUUUCAUGGAGUUUGUGGCAGCAGUGCACCUUGUCCUACGGGGCCGCCUGGAGGACAAGUUGAAAUGGUCCUUCAAGGUAUAUGACCGAGAUGAAAACGGGAAAUUAGACCGACAUGAAAUGGAGCACAUCAUCAGAAUAAUUUACAAGAUCAAAAGACAUCAUACUGUGGAGCUCAAACCAAAUGAGAUCUGUGACCGAAUAUUUGAGCUGUUGGAUCAAAAUAAAGAUGGUCAGAUAUCUUUAGCAGAGUUUAUGGAGGGAGCACAGAAGGACAACUGGAUCAUGGAUCUACUGAAGCUAGAUGUCAAUGCCAGUAGAUGGUUCAAACAACACUGGAAAGACAUAUGA